AUGGACAGUGACCAAGAGUCAUCCGAAUGUCCACUGUGUUUGGAAGUACUUGAAGCUGAUGAUUUGAAUUUCUUUCCAUGUACAUGUUGUUAUCAAAUUUGUCGGUUUUGUUGGCAUCGUAUUCGAACAGAUGAAAAUGGAUUAUGUCCUGCCUGUCGAAAACCAUACAGUGAAAAUCCGGCACAAUUUAAACCAUUAACUGAUGAAGAAAUUCAACAAGUAAAACGCGAUAGAAAAUUAAAAGAAUCCCAUAAGAAACCAAAAAUCACUGAAAGUCGCAAACAUUUGGCAAAUCUUCGAGUCGUGCAACGUAAUCUUGUAUUUGUCAAUGGUCUUCCAUCACGUUUAGCUGAUACUGAAUUAUUAAGACGAAAUGAUUAUUUUGGUAAAUAUGGUAAAAUAGUUAAAUUAGUUACAUCACCAGCACACAAUGGACAAUUAAAUUCUAUAUGUGUAUAUAUAACAUAUUCACGUUCAGAAGAAGCAUUACGUGCUAUACAAGCACUUUGUAAUUAUCAUGUUGAUGGUCGAACAUUAAAAGCAACAUUAGGUACAACUAAAUAUUGUAGUCGAUAUUUAAAAGGUGCAUCAUGUCAAAAAGCCGAUUGUCUUUAUUUACAUGAACCAGGCGAUCCAUUAGCUAGUUUUACUAAAGAACAAAUGCAACAAGGUCUACAUCUUGAAUAUGAACGAAAACUUAUGGAACAGUUUACAAAUAAAAGUAUAUCAGGACAAUCAAAUACAACACCAAAAACUGGACGAACUAUGGCAAAUGGUAAAAAAACUGAUUCAACACAACGACGAAAAAAUCCUACACAAACAACAUCAUUAAUACCAACGACAAAUUCAGCAAUAUCAACAAAUGGAAAUUCAGAUUUAGAAUCAGGUGAUGAAAUUCAUCAUCAUACAUUAAAUGGUUAUAAUAGUGAAACAUUUACACGUACAAAUACAAUCAAUGUUGAUUCUGAUACAACAUCAACAUCAUCACAAACAUCAUCUGAACAUGAUCCACAAGUAACAUCAUUAACAAUUCAAACUACUCAAACAUGUAAUACGUCUCCAACAACAACAACAACAAAUUGGCCAGAUGAACGAACAUCUUUUUUUGCAA